AUGAUACGCUUUGGUUGUUCUCAGCUUGUCAUCGAGCGUCUGGACCCCCUCGUCAACCCCGGCGCGUUGCCGUCGUCGCAUGUCCAUCAGAUUGUGGGCGGGAACUCGUUCAACACGAGCAUGGACCCGGCAGUACACGACCUCGUCAGAGACUCUACCUGUACUAGCUGUACGUUCUCCGAGGACUUCUCUAACUAUUGGACGGCGGUUCUAUACUUCAAGGCCCGCAACGGUACAUAUAAACGCGUCGAACAAUUUACGAACGUGGGCCUCCGAGGCGUUGGCGGAAUCACAGUAUAUUAUAUCCCGCCUUAUGAUGGAAAGACGAAAGUAACCGCUUUCAAACCGGGAUUCCGCAUGCUCGUGGGAGACGCCGGACUUCGCAAAGCCGAUGGUAUGCAACGCCAGCUCUGUCAUCGCUGUUAUACAUCCGCGGACGGUGCUGGCGUCGCUGGAGACUCAGGGGGUGCACCAUGUACCGGAUCAGAUACGCAGAGCUUACCUCCUAAGCCUUGCCCAGGAGGUAUUCGAACAACGAUUACCUUUCCCACGUGUUUUGGUCAUAAAUCUGACACAAAAUGUUACCAUACACCAGACGGAAAGAAUAUAGACAGCCCAGAUCACAAGAGCCACGUCGCCUAUCCUAGCGAAGGUUCCUUUGAAUCGCUAGGUAGAUGUCCUUCUAGCCAUCCCGUGAGGCUGCCUCAGCUCAUGUAUGAAGUGAUGUGGGAUACUACGCCUUUCAACGAUCCCGAACUGUGGCCCGAAGAUGGUUCCCAGCCGUUCGUCUGGAGUACGAAUGAUGAAACUGGAUACUCGCAACACGGCGAUUACAUCUUCGGCUGGAAAGGCGAUGCGCUCCAACGCGCUCUUGACGCUCGAUGUAACAACGCCGUCUGCAAAGAGCUCAGGGUUCAGACAUCGGAAGAGGCUAUGAAAUGCACCAAGGCUCAAACUGCAAGGGAGGACGUUGAUGGAUUACGAGUGUUGUUCUCAGCCUGUUCUAACGAUGUGGAUUUCUCCCCUAAGCGACUGAAGAAGCGAUCCAGAUAUAGAGGUAAAGGCUCACUAGGUUACCCAGCUCGUCUUCGGAUUGGGUGA